AACCCCGGCAAGAUUGAAUAGAACGUCUGAUCGGGACGCUUCCAAACAAGGAUCGCAUUCGACGAGAAGUACAUCAAAGCAAAGUUUUAUCCAAAAUUUUCUUACCAUCUCUUAUUAUUUGGAGAUAUACAUAAAUUUGCCCAUUACUAGGCAUUACUUUUAAUCACUAUGGUGAAAACGGCUCGAAAUAGGCAAUUCUCUGGGAUUUUUCAGCAAAAGAAGAAGGGAUCCAAGAGUAAAGAAUUGAGCGAGAAUGGGGUCCUUGGAAUUGGUGGACCCGUAGAGCAAGUCAAAAGGCUGGCAGCCUCACCACAAGAAGGCGAAGCACCAACCAGAAAGCGUUCUGCCUUUGGCGAUAUCACAAAUGCUUUUCGCCAGCAGCAGGCGGGGAAAUCAAAGAAGUCCUCAGCUCAAAAGAAGCCCGAAACAGGAACGGAGUCUCAAAAUGGCGUACAAAGAAGAAAGACUCGAAGCUCUGGUGACCUUCCUGACUUCGAACUUCUGCCUUCGUCGGGUGAAGUCACGAGCUCUCAGGAGUCUUCAGAGUCGAGCAUUGACGUCCUAAGCGACAUUUGCAGCGGCGUAGAGUUGACUGACAGCCAAAAAAUAGACAGCAGUGUAGGGUCUGAAAUAGAUUCUUUAUUGAAAGAGCUGGAUGGGUCAAUAAGUUCAGAACAAGUUGAGAACUCCUCACAUCUCCCACCUGAUGUUGUUGACAUUGAUGCUGACAAGACUGACCCAUUUCAAGUUGCAGAGUAUGCAGAAGAGAUUUUCUUAAACAUGAAACGAAGAGAGAAUCUGUUUCCAUUGGAGCUGUACAUGGAGAAACAAAAAGAACUAACCAUAAGCAUGCGGGCUAUCCUAGUUGACUGGCUGGUUGAGGUUCAGGAAAGCUUUGAGCUGUAUCAUGAGACCUUGUACCUUGGUGUGAGAGUUUUAGACAACUAUUUAAUGCGUAGCUAUGUGGAGAGAGAGAACCUCCAGCUUGUGGGAGCUGUCAGCCUUUACAUCGCCUGCAAAGUUGAAGAGAGACACCCACCUUGUCUUGAUGACUUCCUCUACAUCUGUGAUGAUGCUUACCAGCAAAAGGCCUUUGUUGCUAUGGAGAAGAAAAUUUUGAACAGCUUGGAGUUUAAUAUCAAUAUGCCAAUACCUUACAGAUUCCUUAGGCGGUUUGCAAAGGUUGCCUCUGCUGAUGUUAAGACUUUGACGUUGUCUCGUUUUAUCCUUGAAACCACCCUCCACCAUUACAAGUUCAUUGUGCAUAAACCAUCCUUCCUAGCCGCUGCCUGCCUUAGAUUAGCCCUCCGCAUGAAGGGAUGUGAUGACUGGACACCAACUGUUGUUCAUUACACUGGAUUUUCUGUGGCACAGCUUGAUGGGUGUGUUAUUGAACUCAAUGAGAUGAUCUCUGAGCCCCCCAAGCAGAACCUGAUGACUGUCAGAAACAAGUACUCUCACAAAGUCUUCCAUGAGGUUGCUUUGAUCCCACCUUUGGACUCCCUAAAUCUCUAGAUAAUUAUUUUUUUUAUUUUGGUCACCUUUUUAUUAGCCUUUCUAUUGGUUUAAGUAGAAAGUUUUACAAAGGAUUUUAAAUAACAUAAUGAACUUUACAUUUCAACCAUCAGAAACAUUUCCUGCAAGGCUACUAUUUGUGGCAUUUAGUACUCAUUCAAGGGUAUCUUAAUCAGCUUUAAAAAAAUAAGGUAUCAGAUUACCCAAUUUUAGAUUACCCAUAUUGAGAAACAUAUCAUUUUCAUCAAGAGAUAACAUUUUAUUUAAAUUUAUUUUGAUAAUGAACAGAGCAGCUUUGAUUAACAAGCAGGAAUUGUAUAUAUUGUAAAUAUUCAACACUAUCAACAAGUAAAGUUAGCUGCAUAAGGGGAAAAAACAUACAAUCAAAAAUAAAAAUAAAAACAUUGAAA